AUGGGUCUGCGGAACAUGCACUGGGACGAGUGGAUCGAGCUCGACAACGAAUUCCUCUCCUACCACAAACUCAAGUGUGAGCGGCUAGCAGAACGACAGGACAAGAUUGUUAAAAUAGACGCCCGGGGCGAAAAGGCGGCGUGGGAGUGUGUGCGAGAGGUUGGCGGGUAUUUGGCAGAGAGAUAUCCGAGUUUGUAUCAACAAUUGGAGGGCGGCGGGAAGGGGGUGAGGAAUUUAGCGACGGGGGAUGUUUUUGUGUUAGAAGAGGGAGGGGGCAGGAAUCCAAUGGAAAUGCUCGCCCGCAUGAUCCAGGACGACAUAGCCAUCAUGCUGGAGCGCGAGGACGGUGAGUACUACCUCGCUGCCGGGGCGAUUUGUCUCGCGGGGUUUUGGCGGCUGGAGGAUAAAUUUGGCAUGGGGUUGAGCGAAAUACACACGUCCGGCGACGUGCCUGGGUUUAAAGAUAAGCUCGAAAAGGUCGACGACAAACUCGCGUGGAGCGAGAGUAUAGGCAGUGAGGAUAGUGAGGGGAUUGGGUGGUUUACGUGCGGUGGCGGAAUUGGGGGGGAUGAUGUUACUCAGUACAACGGGAAGGAGAUGUAUGGCGAUGUGUUGUUGGAGUAUUUGGAUGCGGAGCAUGAGGGGCAGGUUAGAGCGGGGGUUGGUGGGUGA